AUGGGUCCCGUGGUUCCAGACAAAGGGACAAAAGCUUUAAUUCGGGGAACUGCCAUCAAUCGCUGGCACGCUGCCGAUCAUCGACACGCCCGUGUCUUAUACAUCCCAGCUGGUGGAUGGUACAAACAGAGUGUUGGACAAAAACCUAUCCCCAUUGUUGCCUCGUUGUACUAUAGCAUACAAACUUUUCACAGCGGCUUUACUCGACGCUUCAAUGUAUCAAGAGAUCACAACAGUUUUGACCUGCAUAUCUUCAGGGCUGAACCAUCAGACUCAGGGACAUAUUACUGUGUUGUCACAUUUAAUUUUAAGACAUUAUUUGGAGAUGGCACUGUUUUAAUUGUUGAUGGUGCAAAAUCCAGCGAUAAUGCUAUUCAGCAGCUGCCCAUCUCCACUUUCCUUCAAACGGGAGAGAACGUUAAUCUACAGUGCACAGUGCCAGCUGAGAUCUGUGCAGGAGAACACAGUGUGUACUGGUUCAGACAAGGUUCAGGAGAAUCCCAUCCAGGAAUCAUUUACACCCAUGGAAACAGGAGUGAUCAGUGUGAGAAGAGGUCUGAGGCUGGUUCUCCUACACAGAGCUGUGUCUAUCACCUCAGUUCUUCUGAUGCUGGAACUUAUUACUGUGCUGUGGCCACAUGUGGACAGAUAUUGUAUGGGAAUGGAACACAACUACUCUUUCACGCUAAGGCUUAG